AUCCACUUCUUCAUCGGUCGCCUUCAAAAUACGCCUGUCAGGCCGAAUUAAAGCCGUUUGGUUCUCUGCAGCCAUCUUCUUACAGUAAUACAUGGGGCUAUUCAGGUCUUCGGUAGUUAAGCUCUCCUCAUCCUCCAAUCUUGAAGAUCUAUACUCCGUAAGCUAUUCAGAUUUGCCCCUCAUUUGAAAGCUGUUAGCGGGUCAUUUGUAAUACUCUUGAGACCCGCCGCAGCGUACUGAGAAAUUUAGUAGUGAGAGGAGCCGGAGUAUAUAUACACCUCCACAUGCCUCAGCUCUUCUUCUGAUUGUUAACUGCAACUUGGAUUAUUCAAAAUGGCGGCUUCUCAGCAGCAGGUUAUUGUGUCGAAGAACAUUUAUCACGGUCUGCCAGCCUUCUCUGACGAUGUCGCUGGUCUGACUGCUAUCGUCACUGGUGCAAAUGGCAUCUCGGGUGACCAUAUGCUCCGCGUGCUCUGCGAGUCGCCGAAGCGAUGGAAGAAGAUCUACGCGCUUUCGCGCCGACCCCCGAACGGCGAGUGGCCAAGCUAUGUUGAGCAUGUUUCGAUGGACUUCCUCAAGUCCCCCGAGACGCUGGCUGCCCAGAUGAAGGAGAAGGGUAUCAAAAGUGACUAUGUCUUCUUCUUUUCGUAUAUCCAGCCGGCGGCGAAAGAGGGCGGUGAUCUAUGGAGCGCAGCAGAAGAGCUGGUCAAGAUCAACACUACUCUCCUCCAGAACUUCCUGGACGCCCUCGUGCUCUCGGACACCGUCCCAAAGAGUUUCCUCCUUCAGCUAGGUGCCAAGUAUUACGGCACCCAUCUCGGACCUACUGCUGUGCCUCAAGAAGAAUCCGACCCACGUGUCCAUCUCGAGCCCAACUUCUACUACCCGCAGGAAGAUCUCCUGAAGGAGUUCUGCCAGAAGCACAACUGCAACUGGGUUACAACUCGCCCUUCCUGGGUUCCUGGCGCUGUUCCCGACGCGGCAAUGAACGUUGUUUUGCCACUGGCAAUCUACGCCACUGUGCAGAAAUACCUGGGACAACCACUGGAGUUCCCUGCCGACUUGACCGCAUGGGAAACAGCACAAACCAUGUCAUCGGCGCAGAUGAACUGCUAUCUGGCCGAAUGGGCAGUUCUUACACCAGGUGCGCAGAACGAGAGCUUCAACGCAACCGACGACUGUGCCUUUACGUGGGGCAAGUUCUGGCCUAAGCUUGCAGCCAAAUACCAAAUGCCAUGGAAGGGACCGGACCUCGAUGAUUCUGCUUUCAGGGAGUCCGAAUCCAAAUUCAACCCUCCUCCGCGAGGAUUCGGUCCGCCGGGAAAGCAGCGGGUCAAGUUCACUCUCACCGAGUGGGCCAAGAGACCCGAAGUGCAAAAGGCGUGGAAGGAAAUCGCAGCAAAGCAUGACCUCCGCCAGAAGGAAUUGUGGGAUACCGAUCGUGUUUUCGGAUUUACUGAUAUUGCAAUGACGUGGUCAAUUGCCCUUUAUUUCAGUACUACCAAGGCUAAAAAGCUGGGAUUCUUUGGCUUUGUCGACAGCAACGAGUCCAUCUUUAAGGUGAUCGACGAAUUUGCGGAUCUGAAGAUGGUUCCUAAAUCUCCUUGAGACGUGGAUAGUUCUGGAGAUUUAAAUAAUUCAUACUAUAUAUAUACCAAAUAAAGAGUUCACUAAGCAAUUCUGCUGGAC